AUGGAGGUGGAAGUUAUCGCUAAUUUACUACCAUCGCAGAACGAUAUCAUCACCCCAAAAUUUCGCAUAAAAAAACCUCAUCUCAUCGCCAUGGCUAAAUCAUCAAGAAAGACCAAGAGAACAUGGGUUAAAAACAUCGAUUUAAAAGAUUUGGAAGAUAAUUUGGAAUCUCAAAGAGAUAAGCAAAGAUUAAUUGGUGAUGAAUCUGAAUUUUUCAUCGAUGAGUCCAAUGAAUCUAUCAAAAAUUUGAAGAAAUUAAAAUCAUCAGAGAUUUUGACUAACAAAUCCAAAGUUCCUGCUUUAUCCAUUGAAAGAAAUAAGAAGCCUAAGGGGAAGGUUGUUAAGAGGUUAAUGGAUAUUGCUGGAAGAACUUCUAAUACUUUAAGAUUAACUGAAGAGAAAUUGAAUAAUAAGAUCGAUAGUGAUAUUUGGGAAAGUAGUGAAGGUACUUCAGUCAAAAAACCUAAAACUAUGGAUGUCAAACCUUUAGCAUUAGAUGGACAAACUGAUGAUUUACAUGCCGGUAAAUCAUACAAUCCAUCAUUAUCAUCAUGGAAAGAUUUAAUCAAUUUAGAAUUCGAUACUGAAAAGAUCAAAGAAUUAAAUAGACAACAAUUAAUUGAAAGACAAGAGAUGUUAGCUCAGAUGUUAGCUGAAGAAGUUGAAAGUGAAGAUGAAGAUGAAGAAGAAGAGGAAGAAGAACAACAACCAGAAGAAGAUAAGUUCAAAUUAUCUCUUAAUCAACCAACUAAAUGGAAGAAAAAGACUAAAACUCAAAGAAAUAAACAAGCCAGACAUGAAAAUAGAAUGAAAUUAGAGAAUCAAUUGAAAGAAUUAAAACAACAAAUCCACCAAUUAAAUCAAUUAGAUGAAAUUAAUGAAACUAAUGAAAAGAAACAACCAGUUAAAGCUAAAAUACAGAAGAAACCUAAGAAACUUUUUAAGUAUAAUACCAUGGAAAAGCCUUUGGAAGUUAAGUUAUCCAGUGAAUUAUCAUCAAACUUGAAAAAUUUGAAAUCAGAAGGGAAUUUGUUCUAUUCAAGUAUGGUUAAUUUACAAAGUAAAGGGUUGAUUGAAUCCAGAAUAGCUGUGGCUAAGAAGAGGAAGUAUAAACCAAAGAUUACUGAGAAAUGGUCAUAUAAGGAUUUUAAGUAG